GUCAUGACGUUUCCGUGUCACUAGUUUGCAGUUGCUUGCUAAUGUGAGGGGCACUAACAGUGAUAGUGUAAUACUAGUAUAAGGCAUUAAAUGAGCGUAUUUGAUUUGUUUCGUGGGUUUUUUGGGGUGCCUGGAGGUCAACAUCGUGGAGAUGGCCGAAGGGAUCCUUUCUUUGACACCAUGACUCAUGACGAUGACGAUGACGAUGAUGAGGACGGCCAAGAUUUCUUCUUCGGCGGCUACGAUCAAGACCACCAGGACCCGUUUGACGAGGCUAUGCGUUUCGGGUUUAGCUUCGGCCCGAGCGGACUACGGGUGCAGGAGCCGCAGUUCUUCGGCGAUGUCUUCAGGGAGAUGGAGGAACUAUUCGGCCGACUAGGCCAGUGGGAACAACAGCCAAAUUUUGGAAAAUUCGGGGUCCCCAGUAUCGAGGCUCCGCCUGCUCAGGACGGCCCUGAGGGGGGCGGGGCAGGAGCCAGUGGGCAGUCCCUCAGGGACUUCAUGCUGAAAUCCCCGGACAGCCCCCCUCGUCGCCCCUCAGAGGCCCCGCCCUCCAGCUCCCCGUUCCCUCAUUGGAGCCCCUUCCCUAAGUUCGGUGACAUUUGGAGAGGAGGCGCGAGGAGAGGAGGAGGAGGAGGAGGAGGAGGGGAGGAGGACGCGCCGAGGGAGGACCGAGAUCUGGACUCGCGGGUCUCCUCCGAAGGUCUGGACCAGAUUCUGACCCCCGAACCGGCCCGGCCCAAGACCAGGUCCUUCUUCCAGUCGGUCACGGUCACCAAAGUGGUCAAACCAGACGGGACAGUGGAGGAGAGGAGGACGGUGAGAGACGGGCAGGGUAAUGAGGAGACCACAGUCACGCGCUCGGGCCCUGUGGACGGGGGGCCACAGGAUCUACUGGGACCUUCAGGACCCAGUCUCUCCUCCCCCUCCGCUGACCAGCGGGACGAAGGCUCCGUCUUCGCCAGGUACUUUGGAGGAUUUACGGGGCGAUAAGGGUCUGGGAAGAAAGGAGGAGUCUGUCAGAGAGCGAGCUCCGCUCUCUCAUUGCUCCUUUAAUUACAUUGGCUGCCUUGCCGUUGCCAUGGCCAACUCUUGGAGUUCCUGUCGGGGGGGGGGGGGGGGGGGGGGGGGGAGAGAACUGCAACCCUGACAACGCAGACUGGUGUGGUUUUAACUCUUGAGGGCGUCGGCUUUUCCAAGGUCAUCCAGCCGGGAGGAGCUUGAGAGUCCCACCGUGCUGCGGGCUCCUGCUCGCCUCUGCCGGACGCGCUGGAGAGACGGAGCGCGUUCGUCUUCGGUGUGGAAAUUAGUUUCGUCGGAAAUGUAACCAAGUCGAAUGAGCUGAAAUUGAGGAAAAGUGUGAAUGGGCUUCGUUAUUUAGAAUGUUUUCCCCUCCUAACGUCGGCCAGCUCGCUCUGAGUGCGAGUUUAGCGCUGUUCUUCUGCAGAGCUCUUCAGUUCAUCUCCUCUUCCUCUCCGCUCACUGAUCUGUGAAAUGAAGCUGUGCGAAUGGGGUGAAUUUUUACCAUGUAACCCUUUGAAGAGUAGGUCAUUUAGAAAAAAAAAAAAAAUUCUAAGCCAUUGUUCUAGAACGCCAUUGACUUCAGUUACCAGUAGUGAUUGUUACGUCAGCAUUAGAAUGUUCAGUUGAGAACAUUCUGAUCACAUGUUUGUGAUCUCACACCUUAAAGGGUUAAACUGGACUUGACAGAAAACAUUGAUACUGACAGGAUGUGUUUGUGUUUCUCAAAAAAGUAAUACAGCUUUGACAAAGAAAUGAAACGUAUAUGCAUAUUUUAUUUUUGUAAACUGUAAUUUAUGAAUUAUGGGAAUAAAUAUUGGGGUAUGCAA